AUGUCCACCUCUGAGGCGCCUGGUGUGAGCAGUAACUCCAGCACCGUGCCUUGGGACCCUGGUUCCUCUGGUCCUCCUGGCCCCACAGACUGGCCGUCGGUGGCCAACAGCGUGGUGAAGAUGGUGCUGAUCUCAGCCAUCGUGUGUGUGUCUCUGUUUGGUAAUGUGGUGGUGUUGUUAGUGUUCCAGAGGAAGCCUCAGCUCCUCCACGUGGCCAACCGCUUCGUGCUCAACCUCCUCCUGGCAGACCUGCUCCAGACCGUGCUGGUCAUGCCCUUCGCCAUCGCUGCCACCGUGCCUGGUGUGUGGCCCCUGGAUGCCCGCUUCUGCCAGGCCCUGAUAGUGCUCAUGCACCUGUUUGCCUUCGCCGGGGUGAACACCAUCAUCGUGGUGUCGGUGGACCGUUAUCUGGCCAUCAUCCACCCGCUGUCCUACCCCACCCGCAUGACCCCUCAUCUGGGCACCAACCUCAUUGCCUGCACCUGGGUGUUGAGUCUGCUCCAGAGCACGCCGCCCCUCUACGGCUGGGGGGCCAUAGACUUUGACCGCAGGCAUAACGUGUGUUCUGUGGUGUGGUCCUCCAGCCUGUCCUACUCAGUCAUGGUUGCCACCUGCUCCUUCUGGCUGCCGGUGCUCAUCAUGCUGGGCUGUUACUGGAUGGUAUUCAGGGCAGCUAGGAGGCAGAACGCUCUUGUGCACCCCAUCCAGACCCAGUCUAAGUCCCAGCCCAACCUGCCUCCGGAUCCCCAGGGCCCCUGCCCCGGCAGCCCCCAGCGCCCACCCCAACAGGCACCCCCACCCCUGGACUCCUUCUCAGCCGGGGGGUACCCCAUCCGGGGCAGGCACAGACGUUUCCACUACCACUGCAAGGCAGCCUGGGUGGUGUUCGUCAUCAUGGCCUCGUACAUCCUGAGCAUGGGACCUUACAGUGUUCUCAACACGGUCUCCAUUCGCUCCAGUGCUGCUGUGCCUCCAUGGCUGGCCUCCCUAGCCCUGGUGCUCUUCUUCUUGCAGUGCUGCCUCCACCCCUACAUCUACGGCUACAUGCACCGCAGCGUGAGGAAGGAGUUCCUGGCCCUGCUGUGUGGUCCGCUCUGCAGGCAGGGCCGUCCCUGCCACAACUCCGCCCAGGACAGCUGCUUCACCGUGACCGACGGACGCUCCACGCACCCCAACCUGCCCAGUCUGGCCACACGUGUCUGCCCCCUCCGCACCUGGGAGGAGGGCACCACCACAGAGGCUACCUCCUCCUCCCCCACCAUGGAUAGGAGGUCCAGGGACACCCGCAAAGAGACCACCAGCCUGAGCUCUGAGAGAGAGCUGACUGUCCACACCACUACCAAGUAG